GAAUAACAGAAUUAUUGCUUCAAUUAAUAGAGAAAAAAAAAUCGAUUAUUCAAGCGGGGGGUGAAGUAUUAUCAAAUUUAAUACUUCAAACAAAUCCUUGUAAUAAAAUGGCAAUCGUCAAGUGUAUAUCAAAACUAUUCCCUCUUCUUAUUAAAUCUGGAAUUAUUGCUGAAACUAAUUUAAUUUGUAAUGCAGUUCUAAGGAGCAAAUGGACAAAUACAAGCGCAGCUUUAUGUAGUGCAAUGAUUGAUUAUGCUCUUAAUGAAGUAACUAAUCAAUUAUUUAUAACAAAAUGUACAAACGAUUACCGAACAAUAAUUAAAGUAUUGGGGACUAUCUACGAAAUCCAAGACGAAAGCGUGUGUUCGAAAUUUACCGAUAUUUUGAGGUCUCAUUUGAAUUUUCUGUGCCAGAUGCUCUCAUUGAUCGAAAUUUCCAAUGAUCUAAAGUCGCUCCUCGUGUUUAUUUUACGUGACAUGUAUAAAAGUUUAUUUUCAAAUUUUAAUGAAAAAUUUGAUGACAUUAUCGAGUGGGAUUUACCGGAAAAUUUGGAACAAUGGCCAAGUUCCAAUAGCAGUAGAGUAUUCCUUCUUACGGUUUAUUUUAUGCAGUUAUAUUCAAGAAUAAUUUGGAGACAAGCUGAGAUCUUAGAUUUUUUAAUAGCUAGAACAUUUAGAAGAAAUUUUGCCCUUUCUGAAUUGAAAAUUUUACUGCAUCUUUUUCCGAUUUAUUCUUUAAAUCAGACAGGGCAAAAGAUACCUUCAGCCACACAUAUACUGGCCCAAUUAUCAUCUGAAAGAAUAGAUCAUUUAAAAGAGAUAAUAACAUUUGAAAAAAUCCAGAUGACUUGGAUUUUUCUUUAUGCACCCUUACUAGUAAAAAUAAAAACUUUUUAUUUGUGGUUGUCCAUCGAAAAAGACGAUACGAAAAUAUUACCAGCUUUAGACGCGAGCGGUAGCGGUGAUUUUCUUUUGACAAUUUUAUUUAGAAAUUGUAAUGUUCCAAUCAUUUCCACGAGAUGUAUUUCGCUCUUAUCAAAACUUCAAGACCCAAAACUCCCAUCCCAUGCAUCCCGAUACAUAAAACUGUCUCUUACAGAACCAAAAAUAUUUCCAUACAUAAUGCAAAUUUUCUGCAGUGCAAAAAUCGACAAAAGUUUAUCUUUACAUUGUGCAGAAAUGAUCUCCCUUAUUCUUCCAACUUUGUCGGAUAAGGGGGCGGUUAAUGGCGCUUGUCAGUUCUCGUUAAAUUUAUUGAACGAAUAUAAAAACGAAAGUGACGUAUUUAUGCAAUUUGCCAGUAAUAAACUUGCGGUAUUGUUCUUGGUGUCUGUUGCAAGUCAUGAUGAUGAUACAAAUGCUUUAAAUGCUACAAAAGUUUUAAGGGCAUUGGUAAAACUACAGGCAAGUAUUAAACUAAUGUUAUUUUAAUCAUUUUUGAGGACAAACUAGAAUACAUAAAGCUUUUUUGCGCAUCAUCGUCAGAUGGUCGUCAGUCCUAAGACUCCACUCCACUCUUUCCUAUCCUGAGCUAAUCUUCGCAUUUCCCUAA